GAGGGUGCCGGGGGGGCUCAGCCGGGCGGUGGUGGAGGGUGCUGGUGAGGGUGAAGGUGCAGCCGCGGGUGACAUGUUCCGACCGUCUGGCUGGCUGCUUGCACAUGCUAGAUGACGAACACCGAGGAGGGGUCGCUGGUGGCCCGGGCGCGCCUUCCUCGCAGAUUUGCUGGAGAGGCAGGAGCCCACGACGGCUCCUUCCCUCCGCCACCAUCACACCACGACGCCGCAACCCCUGCCAACCGCCGCCAUGGAGCUCGACAAGGACAACGCCAACCCGACCAUCCUGAAUCCCUCGGAUCUGCCUUCCCGCCGCAGCGACUCGACGGCAAAGAGGCGCGAUGACGGCGGGACAGGCCUCUUUGACAACCUGAUACCGCGCUACAACUACCUCAGCGACCCCUUCGACGACAGCGUCUCAGCAGGCGACUCAGACAGCGACGACGCACGUGAGGACAUUGACGAGCAGGAAAUCUACGACCUCAUUUCCACCAUCUGCGACCCUGAACACCCGUUGUCCCUCGGCUCGCUGUCCGUCGUCAACCUGCCAGACAUCCACAUUCUGCCCCCGUCCUCACCGCUCUCGAGCAUCAGUACCGUCGUCGUCGAGAUCACGCCGACUAUCACCCACUGCUCGCUGGCCACCGUCAUCGGCCUGGGCGUGCGCGUCCGUCUCGAACAGGCACUACCUCCGCGCUUCCGCGUCGAUGUCCGCAUCAAGAAGGGCACCCACAGCACCGAUGAGCAGGUCAACAAGCAGCUGGGCGACAAGGAGCGCGUCGCCGCUGCCCUCGAGAACGGCACCCUGAUGGGCGUGCUGAAGAAGAUGCUCUCUACGUGCGAGUAGUGUCGUUUGCGAUUAGUCUCCCUGAACCGAAACCAAUCACGAUAUCCGUUCCCCGAUAUUGGCUCAUUCGAACAACGCGUAUACCAAGACAUCAUUUCCGCCACACCCACACACCGUACACCGUAUUCC